AUGCAGUUGAAACGUCUCGCCUCAGUUUUACUUACUCUCUUUAAUUGCUCAAGAGCUUGUCUUCAUGAUCAUGUUCGUGCGCCUCAACGACGCCAUAUAGAGGAUGCUCUCAACAAGCGAAACGUAUCGGCACCAGUGAAAACAGCAAUAACGAAUGUGCGAGUCUUCAAUGGCUAUACCAUAGGCAAGCCACAGACCGUCAUCAUCGAUGGCGGAUACAUUACCGAUCGCCAUGAAGGCAUCAAGAAAACUAUUGACGGUGGCAAUCGCAUUUUAAUUCCCGGGUUGAUAGACUCACACGCACACGUGUUGGACGUCGAAGGCCUCGAAAAUAUGACUUCAUACGGUGUUACGACGAUAUUCAACAUGGCCUGCUCAGACUUCGAACUCUGCAACUCUCUCAGGUCAAAUCCAGGCCUCGCAUCACUUUUUACCACCAUGCUAACUGCCCUAUCCCCAGCCGGUGGCAACUCUAAGCUCAACCCAGUGUUGCCCGAGCAGCGGCUUUAUCCUAACACAGACCCCAAAUCCCUCGUCGACUAUUCUUUCAACAACGGCUCCGACUACUUCAAGAUCGUAGGUGCAGCUGAUGGGCCGACCCAGAACCAGUAUAACGAAAUUGUCAAAUAUACGCACUCGUUGGGUCACUUUACCGUCGCGCAUUCGACUACUGUCUCUGCCUACACGAAGGCAGUGUUAUCACAGAUAGACGUCGUGCAGCAUAUUCCCGAUGACGGUUUAUUGUCCUCCUCCGUCGUUGGAUUAAUGAAGGAACACAACCUAGCUUCUACUCCGACUAUGGAGAUAUUCCGCCAAGCGCACCUUAUACAGCCAGCGAUACUAUAUUUUCUCCGUGGGAACAACACGGACAAUACGACAUAUGAUAACGUCCUCAGCAAUGUAAGGCACCUACACCAAGCUGGCGUUACCAUACUGGCGGGGACAGAUUCGGUCGGCACUCUACCCUCAAUCAACUUUCCCUAUGGAGACUCGCUCCACCAGGAGCUGCUGAAUUUGGUGGGCAUUGGCAUGACACCCGCGGAGGCACUACGAGCUGCGACGAUUGUCCCUGCAACAGUGCAUAGGUUGAACGAUAGGGGUGCAAUUCGACCUGGUCUGCGCGCCGAUUUAGUCCUACUAAACAGCGACCCUCUAGUGAAUAUCUCCAACACCAGAGAUAUUGCUAAGGUUUGGGUUGGCGGCAUAGAAUACGCCAAUGUUGCGAAGCCAGGUAGUGAGGCUUGA